AUGAGCAGAGGGGCCAGUCUGCAGCGGAGAACCACCUACCUGAUCUCCCUGACCCUGGUCAAGCUCGAGUCCGUGCAGCCGCCGGAGGAGCAGGCCAAGGCGGGGGCGGAAGAUGGAGCCCCCCAGCCCGGCUCCAGCCCGGCCACCCCCGGCCUCUCCGGGGUGACGGCGCGCCGGGAGGGCGAGGGGUCCCGGGCGGACGAAAGCGCCAAGAGCAAGCGUCAGGAGCGGAGCUUCCACCGGCAGGAUGCGCUUUGGAUCAGCACCAGCAGCUCCGGCCCGGGGGACUAUUUCCUGCAGCUGUCGCCCAGCAGCCCCAGGACCCCGGUGCCCUCGCCCUCCCCGUCCCCGGAGAGCGCCGGCCGGCUGCUCGCCCUCUGGGCCGGCCCGGGGCUGCCCUCGCCCAGCGCCAGCACCCCCGGCCCGGGGGCCCCGGCUGAAGACCCCAGAGCUCCGGAUCCCAAAGCGGAUGCUCCUCUGACCCUGACGCCGCCGGCGGUGCCCCCCAAGCCGGGCACCGCUCUGCACCCGGCAGCCCCAGCUGUGCCCCCCAAGCCGGACACCGCACUGCAUCCAGCUGUGCCCCCCAAGCCGGACACUGCACUGCACCCAGCUGUGCCCCCUAAGCCGGACACUGCACUGCACCCAGCGGUGCCCCCUAAGCCGGACACUGCACUGCACCCAGCAGUGCCCCCUAAGCUGGAUGCCGCACUGCACCCAGCUGUGCCCCCCAAGCCGGACAGUGCCCUGCAUCCAGCUGUGCCCCCCAAGCCGGACACCACACUGCUCCCAGCUCUGCCCCCCAAGCCGGACGCCGCACUGCUCCCAGCUGCCCCACUUGUGCCCCCAAAGCCAGAAGCCAUUGUGGCCCCAGCGGCUCCGGGGGUGAAUGAGACCCUGGAGGUGCCAGGCGAGCGGAGCCAGACCCCCAGGGAAGGUUUGCCGCCCCUCACCACCAGCUGCUCCUCCAGUGCGGCGGCUCCAGGCCGGAGGCUGCUGCUGAGCCAUGCCAGCUGGGGCUGCCCCGAAGUGCGGGAGCCCGGAGCACUCGAGGGCGGCGGUGCCGGCCGAGCCGGGGGCUCCUCGUUCUCCUCCCCCCUGGGCCCUGGCGCCUCCUCGCCUCACCCAGCGGCCGGGAGCCGGCGCCUGCGGCUGGUCAGCAACAAGCCUUUCAAAACGGUGACCACCAGCGGCGUCAAGAUGGGCUCCGAGCCCAAGGCGGGCAAAGGCACCCACAAGGGAGGCCCAGGCAACCGGCUGUCGUGGCCGGAGAGCGAGGCGAAGGGCCGCAUGAAAGGGGGCCCCAAAGGCGGCGGGGAGGCGGCCCCCCGGGCCACGGCCAGGGCGAAGCUGUCGCCGCGCAAAGGCAAGAGCAAGACCCUGGACAACAGUGACCUGCUCCUGGACGCCGAGGGCCCGGCGGCCUCGGCCUUCUGCCCCUCGGAGGCCGGCGUGGGGCUGAAGCGGGGCCGCGAGGGCGGCCGGGCCUCCACCCGGGACCGCAAGAUGCUCAAAUUCAUCAGCGGCAUCUUCACAAAGAGCCCGGCCUCCACCCCCACCCACCCCGGGCCCGGGUGGGGCCUGGGCAGCCGGGAGCUGCUGAGCCCCGAGCGAGCCAAGGGGUCCUCGCCCAAGGCCAUAGCAAACAGCCAGGAAUGGACCCUCAGCCGCUCCAUCCCGGAGCUCAGACUGGGCGUCCUGGGGAGCAUCAAGAGCGGGAAGUCGGCCCUCGUCCAUCGCUUCCUCACCGGCUCCUACCUGGGCCUGGAGCCAGCCGAGAGCGGACAGUUCAAGAAGGAAGUGGUGAUGGACGGGCAGAGUCACCUGUUACUGAUCCGAGAGGAAGGGGGUGCCCCGGACGUCAAGUUUGCCAGCUGGGUGGAUGCCGUGGUCUUUGUGUUCAGCCUGGAGAACGAAGACAGCUUCCAGGAGGUCUCCCAGUACUACAACCUCCUGACCAGCUACCGCAGCCCCUCGGAGGUGGCCGUGGCCCUGGUGGGCACGCAGGACAAGAUCAGCUCCACCAACCCCCGGGUGAUCGAGGACCCGCAGGCCCGGGCGCUCUGCAGCGACAUGAAACGCUGCCUCUACUACGAGACCUGCGCCACCUACGGCCUCAACGUCGACCGGGUCUUCAGUGAAGUCGCCCAGAAGGUCGUGACUCUGAAGAAGCAGCAGCAGCUCCUGGCCUCCUGCAAGUCCCUGCCCAGCACCCCCAGUCACUCGGCCGCCUCCACCCCCGUGGGCGGGAUCCAUCCUGGACAGGCCAGUAAUGGAGGCCACGCGAGCGAUUACUCCUCCUCCUUGCCGUCUACGCCCAACAUCAGCCACCGCGAGCUGCGGAGCGAAGGCUCGGUCGGGAUCGGCACCCCCAGCUCCCUGCACCGCGGGGCCAAGCGCCGCACCAGCCUCUUCACGAACCGCCGGGGGAGCGAUUCGGAGAAGAGGAGCCUGGACAGCAGAGGGGACAGCACGGGCAGCGGCCGCGCCAUCCCAAUCAAACAGAGCUUCCUGCUGAAACGCAGCGGCAAUUCCCUCAACAAGGAGUGGAAGAAGAAAUACGUGACCCUAUCCUGCAACGGGCUCCUCUUCUACCACCCCAGCAUCAACGAUUACAUUCACAGCACCCACGGGAAGGUGAUGGACCUCCUGCGCACCACCGUCAAGGUGCCCGGCAAGCGCCCCCCCAGGGCCAUCUCCGCCUGCAGCCCCUCCUCCAGCAUCAACGGCCUGGUGCGGGACGUGAGCGGGGGGCAGGCGCCCGAGGGUGGCGCUAGCCUCUCCCCCGCGGUGCUGACCAUCCCGACAGAACAAGCGGCCAAGGCCCCGGGGAAGGCGGACCGGCCCCUCCAGCGUUGCGCUUCGGCGGCCAGCGCCAAGACCUCCGGCGGGGAGGGGUCCCCGGCCGGAGAAGGGGUGUCCAGCCCCAGUCCCAGCCCCGGAGGCAAAGACCCGCCUCCUUCGCCCAUGAUUGACAGGAAGAAGCAUCGCCGGAAGAAGCUGAUGACCCCCUCGAAAACUGAGGGGUCGACGGGGCAGGCGGAAGCCAAGCGCAAAAUGUGGAAAUUAAAAACCUUUGGUAGUUUAAGAAAUAUUUAUAAAACAGAGGAGGAGAACUUUGAGUUCAUCAUUGUGUCGAGCACGGGCCAGACAUGGCACUUCGAGGCCGGCAGCUUCGAGGAGAGGGACGCCUGGGUCCAGGCGAUCGAGAGCCAGAUCCUGGCCAGCCUGCAGUGCUGCGAGAGCAGCAAAAACAAGGCCCGGAUGGACAGCCAGAGCGAAGCGGUAGCCAUCCAGGCCAUCCGGAACGCCAGAGGCAAUUCCCUGUGUGUGGACUGCGGGGCACCGAACCCCACCUGGGCCAGCCUGAACCUGGGGGCGCUGAUCUGCAUCGAGUGCUCGGGCAUUCACCGAAACCUGGGCACCCACCUGUCGCGGGUGCGCUCGCUGGACCUCGACGACUGGCCCCUGGAGCUCACCCUGGUGCUGACGUCCAUCGGCAAUGAGACGGCCAACAGCAUCUGGGAGAAGAACACCCAGGGACGCCGGAAGCCCACCUGCGAGUCGUCCCGGGAGGAGCGGGAGUCGUGGAUCCGGGCCAAGUACGAGCAGCGGCUGUUCCUGGCCCCGUUCCCCAGCCCCGAGAUCCCGCUGGGGCAGCAGCUGUUCCGGGCCGUGCAGGAGAAGGACCUGGGCACCGUGCUGCUGCUGCUGGCGCACAGCACCAAGGAGCUGAUCAACACCUGCUCCGGGGACAAGGACCGGCGCACGGCCCUGCACUUGGCCUGCGACCUGCCCCAUGUGGUCAUCACCCAGCUGCUGGUCUGGUACGGCAUCGACGUGAAGGCCCGAGACGCGCUGGGCCACACGGCCCUUUUCUACGCCAGGCGAGCCGGGAGCCAGGAGUGCGCCGAGAUCCUCCUGCAGCACGGCUGCCCCAGCGAGGGCCACGGCACCGUCGCCACGCCCGGCCUGCGCCGGAAAAGCAGCACCGCCAGCAUGGGACGGUGUGACACUCGGACCGCCCUGGUAUAG